UUGUUUUGCUCCUGAUUUUCUUUCACAAUCAUCAAUCUCGUUGCUUUUUUUGCAUUCCCGUUAAUCGCGUAAAAAUCGUGAAAAAUAGUGAAAUUUCAGUGCAAAACAAGUUAAAACUCCCGCAAUAAGUCAUGCUUCCCGGUAUCGGAAUGUUCGGUACCGGCGAGAUCACCCGGGUGCUGGUGCCGAUCCUCCGAGACAAGGGUUUCAACAUCGCCGCCAUCUGGGGUCGCACCCUGCGGGAAGCCGAAGAAGCCGCCCUGGAGCUGCAGAUUCCGUUCUUCACCAGCAAAAUUGACGACGUGUUGCUGCGGAAGGACGUCGAUAUGGUGUUCAUUACGUGCCCCCCGUAUCUGCACUCGCAGAUCUCGGUGAAGGCCCUCGGCAUCGGGAAGCAUGUGGUCUGUGAUAAGCCGAUGGCCCUGUUCCAGACGGACGCCCUCAAGAUGGUCCGCGCUUGCCAGUAUUAUCCGUCGCUGAUUUCGAUCGUGAAUCACUCGUUGCGUUUCUUGCCAGCCAUUGGGCACAUGAAGAAAGCCAUCCAGGAGGGAUACCUGGGACCGCCGGAGCAGCUGGCGUUGAUCGAUGUUAAGGUUCGAAUGAGCUCACUGUUCCAUAACAAGUUUGACUGGUUGUGUGACGAAACCAUGGGAGGCGGAGUCCUCAAUUUGGUGGGAAGUCACGUGAUUGAUUUGGUAAAGUUUCUAACAGAACGAAAGGCCGUAAAAGUUCACGGAACGGUGCGAACCUACAUCAAGCAUAUGGGCCAGAUCAACGGAAUCCGUCAGAUCACAGCUCCGGACUUCUGUACGUUUCAAAUGGAAUUGGAAAGCGGAACUCUGGUUACGGUCAAUAUAAACUGCCACAUAUCGAACAAUGCCUUUCACCAGGAAGUGUCCGUCUAUGGAGGAGAAGGGCAUUUGACGGUAAGGGGAGGUGAUUUGGUGGCUCAUCGCACGACGGGCGAAACCGGUGUUAUCAAAGAGGAGAUGUUGUACAUCGAUGUGCAGGAUUUGCAGUUCUCCACAUCGGAAACGACCUUGCCAAGACCCUACGUGAAGGGUCUCUGUAAAAUGGUUGGUGCGCUGCGCGAUGCUUUCCAUCCCAAUAAAGAGACUGCUGGCUGGAUAAAGGAACCGGUUCAGGCAGCUGCUACCUUCGAAGAUGGUCUCUACGUUCAGGCCGUGCUGGAUGCCGUCCGGAAGUCUAGCGAGGACCGCUGCUGGACAAAGGUAAAUGUUUGCACUGAAUCUCCGACGAAUCAAAAGUUUUUAUCGGCCGCUAGGAUGACCUCUGCCACUGCCCUCCAUUGAAUACGUGGGGUGCUGCAGCUUGAAUUGGCAGUAUUAGCUAUUUUUAUGAAAGAUGUCUAUGCUUUUGCUUUGCAUUUGAAAAUCAUAUAGUAUUUUUACAUAUACUUCGUGCUAUUUUUAUAACCUUUAAAGCUAUUUUUUCGCAAAUUUGUGUACCUAAUUUAUUUUUUUAUCUUGUUACUCACGAAACACUAAACCUAUAGAGGAAACAUUUUCUAAUACACGGUUUGCUUUAUC